CAGUGCUCCAUCAAGGCGAACAGGCAUGACUCGGGCCCUUAGCCUUGCGAAUUCCCGGGUCUGGCGUCUCGAAAGCUGUGCCGGGAGAUCUAGCAAGUGAUCAUGGACCCACAUGCCGGUCUGAGGACUGGUACGUCUGGAGAAGUGCGGCCGACCUCCCUCACAUCCUAGACUGCCCAGGCGCUGCAAUGCACCAACGUAUUCUCGCCCACUGUGACACGGCAACUCGGGUUCCCUCACGACACCAACAGUGUCCACGAACCUUCUUUCGUCAGCGCGCGCGUACCCUGAUAACCAUAAUAUCGACUCCCGGUGUUCUUCGAAUACGACCGAUUGCGCCAUAGUUCCCGUUUCGAGCGACCCAGCCUACUCGAUCUCGGUCUUAGUAGCAACAACCUUGUAUGGGCAACGCGUCUCUUCGACGGGACCGCCCUCUAAUUGCUCUUCGAAUUGAGCUUACGAGUCACUUGUCAGAGUGGUCAUGCUUACCCUUCGCGUCCUGUUAUCCCUACCGACAUUGCUCUCGAUUGCUCUUGUCGCCCACGUAAACGCCGCCGUUCCAGCCGAUGAUGGAGUCAUCGCUGAAGAGAAGGGUACAGCGAAGCCUGAGCUGGCUGCCGCCUUGACUGGAGGCGAAGGGUGUUCGUCAUCUGAUAUCGAGGACAUUCGAGUUGGCUUCGUAGAGAUGACCGAGCUGUUCCAAGCAGCCUUGCCGUACGAUCAGAACGGUCAACCUUCUAUCGAGCUCUUCGGCCGGCCCUUACGAAUCGCGAACUAUUCGUCGAUGAUCGAGUCGAAUCUUAAGCGCGCAGCGCAGUACGCCAAUCUGAGAGGAAGCGAGACAGUCAAUCCGGAUGUCCAUGUACGAUGCGACGAUCCGAACAACAUGUGUAAGACUGGGAAUAAGAGGGACGGAAACCACGUCGCAUACAACAUGGGGAAUCUUCCAAUGAUCAACUUCUGCAAGGACUACUUCAAAUUGGAUGGCCUGGAGGACAGGGUUGAUAAGAAGGCUGGUAACCAGAUGGAAAAGGAGAGGCUGCACGAGUACUACAACAGGGGGACACUAUGGGCCAGGAUGGUGAUGCACAUUGGUGGUGUGGGUGUUGCAGUUGUGGAGAAGGCUAUUCCAGCACAAGCGAACUCGGCAUCUGGCAGAGAGUGGGAGACAGUCGUCAGCGAAGGAGCAAUGAACACGACAGUCCUCGCGGGAGUACUGAACGACCGCCCAGAUGGUAACGCCCCAACGGACAUCCAGACACUGAAGUACACUUAUGGCGUAACACGGUCGAAGCUGCUGGCAGUCCUCUCGACACAGAUGCCCUACGAUGCUGCAAACAACGCCGAGAACUACGCGCUUUACGCACAAGCACGAUACAUUAUGCAGAAAAAGGGUUUCUACCCCAACGUUCCGGUCAUGGAUUUUCCGAACGAACUGUCUGUCCUCACCAAUGAACAGCUUCAGGAUGGCGAGAGAUGCAAGUACGCCUACUUUGACUCGUCAGAUGUGGUUGCGCCUCCGCCAAACAUGGAGCUCAAGGCGAAACCACUCCCUGGUGCUGCUUCGAAGCAGCAGCCGGCGUUGAUGAUCCUCGCGACUCUUGCUGUCGCAACCUCUAUUGCCAUGUCGUCGUUCGGAUGAGAUCCACACACAGAAGUAACGAUCUAAAGUAGAACAAACAUCCGCAAUCCGCCCUGUGCGGCAUCUCUGCGUCGCCGAAGCUAGUUGACAGCGUACGUACACCCGAGCGUCGAAGGCUUCAGCGCUCCGCUCUGGGCAACUCUCCGUGAGUGUUGCUAUACAGACUUUUCGUGCCACGACAUGAUGGAUUCCGGAGAUGAUGAGCUCUGUAUGGACAAAACGCCUCGGCGGCCAGUCAACAGCUGCAAAAGAGAGGAUCAGGGGUGGUGUGGUGGAUAGAUAAUAGAUCUUCAGCGAAGGUCGAUACCCACCACUGUGUACGUGCGAAGUACAGUACAGGAUAAUGAAUGAAUUAGUGGUUUACC